CCAACGUAGCUAUACUUUCUGAGUCUAUCAAAAAGCUGUCAUUGGAUAUGAAACAGCUGUCAAUAAAUCUUCAAACUAUCAUGGAUCAACUUAAUAUGUUGAGGAGUGAACAAGAGGCCAGAAUUCAGUUAAUGGAGGUAUCAUAUAGUAAAAGAAUGCAAGACAUCCGCGAUAUGCGUAAUAAAUUAAAUGCUACUUUGGAUGAGCUAGAAAACACAACCGUGAAAGAACUGGAUGAAAUUAGGACCACACUGCAAACCUCUAUAAUGAAUGACGUUGACAACUGCAGAAGACUGAAGGAUGAACUGCUAAAACUAGAUGAUGCUGUACAGAGCCUGAGUGAAAAGAGCAAGAAAGAAAUUCAGUUUAUAGCCAGCAGGAAAUGUCUGGUCAAAAUACAAGAGUCUGAGACAUAUCUGAAGAAGAACUCUGUGAAGGAUCAUAGUUUAAUAAUAUUCCAGGCAGAUAUUGACAUUGAGCAUUACCUGUCUAAAAAGUCAGGAUUAGGGAGGAUUGCAGUAAAGAAUCCAAACCAGGUGUUGACAGUGAAGAGGAGGUCUGAGUAUAUUGUGAACAUAUCAAGUGAUACAAAUACUUGCAACAUCCAAGGCAUUUGCGUCAUGCCUAGUGGCCAUUUCAUUGUUGUUGAUGAUGAAAAUACAAACGUUAAGCUGCUUGACCUGCAGUACAAUAUAGUCAGUCACUGUGAUUUGUCUGGUACUCUAAAGGAUAUUUGCCUCAUUACAUCCAUUGAGGUGGCUGUGAUUAUUGGCUUUAAUGUGCAGUUCAUCUCUGUAAAAAAUGGACAGCUCAUCAAUGGGAGGAGCUUUCAGCUAUCGCAUGGUUCUGUCGGUAUUGCCCACCAUCAAGGAGCGUUGUACGUCACAUCUGGCACUGCCCUGUACCACUACACUCUGACUGGGACACUUGUGAAAAAGAUGUUUGAGGAUACAGGAGGUCGCUAUGGAGAUAGAGUGCAUAAGUGUGCAGUGAGUCCUGCUGAGGACAGGAUCUAUAUGACCAACUACGAUCAACACAAGCUGCUCACACUGGCAAUGGAUGGCACCCUGAUAUCCACAUUCACUGACCCUGAACUCAAAUGUCCAUGGGGUGUUCAUGUUACACCGGCAGGACAGGUGCUUGUUUGCGGAUUCACAUCCAAUACUGUCAUACAGGUGGUUCGUGAGGGCAAAACGAAGCUGGCACAGAUAGAGGGAGUGAUCCACCCAAUUUCUAUCUGCGUCAACACAAAUAUUGACCAGAUCACUGUGGGACUAUACAACAACAACGAAAUAAUGGUUGUAGAACUCCAAUAGCUC